GUAUCGUCAAAAAAUGAGUGGUGGCCGAAAUGUCCGUACACCUGUAUAGAACGCUGCGGGCAUGGCCACAUGGGAACUGAUGACGAACGACUUAUCAGCGGCGUGCCAACAAUAAACAAUACGUAAUCGCACGCGCUAGAAUACGUACCGCGAAAACGGUAAUCGCCGCCGCCGCCGCCGCGCAGUGUUGAGUGUUUCACGUACACGCUCGGAAGUUGGGACGCGGGCGCGACGUGUGCGGAUUAUUAUAAUAAUAUUAUUUUUUAUAGUACGAUAUAGAGAGCCCGAGAGGUACAUAUUCAAAUAUAAUAACGUCUGCCCGCUUCAAAUAAGUUAUUGUCGAGUUGUAAUAAUCUGCGCGAGCAGUUGGUCUCCCAACAUUGUCGCGGACCGUCGACGUACGUACGUAGCGUACGGGAGGCGGUACUCGCAGUUCGGCUAUUGACGAUAACACAUUAUUAUCGUUUUUAUUUGCGUUGUCACAGGAGAUGGCCUUUAAUUAUCAUCAGCAAUGAGUAUUAGGCACGCCGAUAACGUUCUACCCGUACUGCAGCUGCAGUGAUGAGUGUCCGGCGUUUCGACGUGACUCACCGAAAAACGCAGCACGUCCUCUCCAUCAUGUGGUCGUCUUUGGCGAAAAUCGUCUGGAAAUACAGGAAAGUCGACUCUUGAGGCAGUUAAAAGCAUGUGGCGAUUAGCAUAAGAAAAAAAAUGACGACUUAUAAAAAGCACAAGAGAACCCACAGUAAUCAACAAACUAUAGAACCAUACUAUUAUAUUAGAUAUCUAUUUAUAUUUGUCACAACAUUAGCGUCAGUGACGGUGUAUCACAUUCAUCAAGAGAUAGUAAGGCCAAAACUCGAACAUUUGGUGGUUUACGAAAAUUUAACUGAUCGUGACCCAAGAGUUACUUGUCAGUUCCCUAUACUUAACCCGUUUGAUUCAUCCAUUCUCAAAUACGUGUUCGUUCCCAAACCUAUAAAAUGUAUGGAAAGGUCUUAUCGUUUGACUUACAUCAACAUGAGCACAGGGUUUUUACAAUUCAACGCUUCAGGAUUCGAAGAGUCAGGUUAUUCCUUGACCUCAAAUACGCUCCGUUGUUACUAUCAAGAAAUUAAUCGUCCAGUCGAUGAUGAUUUCCGUUUAGAAUACGGACCACAAAUUCCCAUCACUGGUUUUCACGAGCCUCUUACGGAUUUCAUAUUUGUAUCAUGCACCAAUUUAUUUGGCAUUACUGUGUAUAGUAACUUUCAUGCAUAUGCUAGAAGAAGGCCGGAAGUUAGGAAAUUUAAAGACGAUAUGGAACUAGGUGUCGCAGUGAUUGGAAUCGAUUCUAUUUCACGAUUAAACUUUAUGAGACAAAUGGUGAAAUCAUAUAAUUUCAUUAACAAAGAAAUGAAUGGUGACGUGAUGCACGGUUUCACCAAGGUGGGUGAAAACACAUUCCCAAAUGUGAUACCGAUGUUAACAGGCCGAUCAUUCAUAACGGAACAUAAUAAUAAGUUUGACGACUGGCCUUACAUAUGGAAAGACUUUAGUGAAGAAGGUGCCGCGACUCUAUAUGCCGAGGACCAGCCAGAAUUCAACAUGUUUGACUAUUUAGCUAAAGGAAUUACUUUACAGCCAACUCUACAUUACAUGCGCCCAUACUGGUUAGCUGUGGAACAGUCGAUUCUAUAUAAGAUGAGCUCGCCUGGUUGUCUUGGACCAACGCCUAAACACCUUAUCUAUUUCGACUAUUUGAAAUCAUUCCUAAAAGUCUAUAAAGACUCUCCACUUUUCUUGUUCUCGCUUUUUAACGAAGUUAGUCAUGACUUUGUCAAUACUGUCGGAGUUAUCGAUUUAGAUUAUAUGAAUUUCCUCAAGACUUCUCUCCACGAAGGGCUUUUUAACCGAACUGUUAUUUUUGUGCUCGGUGAUCAUGGAAACCGUAUGGAUUUCAUUCGGCGAACCAAAGUUGGAACCAUAGAAGACCGGAUGCCAAUGGUCACCGUUAUACUUCCAGAGUGGGUAAGCAUGAAUUAUCCAUCCUGGAAAGAAUCCCUCCGUGACAACCGUAUGAGACUGACAUCUACCUAUGAUAUUUAUGCUACAUUCAGACAUAUAUUAAGUACAUUGAAUAAUCAAAACAAAUCAACUGAAAUCAAACAACACUUACUAAAUAGUAUUCAAGACGAAAACGUUAAGAAUCAUUUUUCAGCUACUAGUACGGGUCUAUCAUUUUUUGAACCAGUUCCAUUAGUUAGAGAUUGCAAUGCCGCCGGUGUUGCUCAAUGGCUGUGUGUUUGCAACGAAGGUCGACAAAAGCGACUUGAUCCAGAACACCCAUACAGCCUUGCAGCAUCAAAUGAAGUCAUAAGGUAUUUUAAUGAACUAUUGGGUGGUCUUGAAAAUUGUGCUGAAAUGAAAUUGGCUUUUAUUGAACAUACAUACUUGUACGAAGCACCGCAAAAAUACGACGAUGGUAAAGUGUACGACAAAUCUGUUCAAAUAACAUUCAAAGCCUCACCAGGUAAUGGAUACUUCGAAGCCACACUUGGUAUAGAAAUAAAUAACGGAUCCCAAACUUUUGAAGUCAUUGGGCAGGUCUUUAGAAUUAACAAGUACGGACAUCAAGCAGACUGUUUGCCCAGAAAAAUGCUCGCUAAAAUGCCAAUUUUGAAAGGAAUUUGUUAUUGUGAUUAAAUAAUUUAUAAAUGUACAUUAUAUUACGAAGUAUUAACUAUUGUAUUACUCAACUGUACAUACAAGUAUUGUUAAUUGUUAAAUUAUGAAAAUGACUGAAAAAUUUAGUUUAAUUAAUCUAUGUAAAAUUUAGAUAUACACUUAAUAUAUUGCCCAUGUAAACUAUAAAUAUAUUUCAAAUAAAAUAUAUAAUAUUGUUUUUAGUGAAAUUAUUAUGAUAACACCUUGUCAAUUUAAUGUGUUGAUAAAAUUUUAAUUAUAAUGUGUAAUUUUUAAUACAAUUUUGUACCUAUUUACCAUAGAGGUAUCCAAUAUUAUUGUGAUUUAGUUUUCUCAGGAUCUAAUAGUUAAGUGUAAUUGGAGAUUUAUUUAUUUUUAUAUUAUAUUAAUUAAGUUACAUACAAACUUAUACUCCUA